UGGGAGGUGGUGGAGGAGGCCGGAGAGGAGAGAGACAUCAUGUCAUCUAGUGAUGGUACAAAUGGACCAAGUCAACCUGGACUUUUCCCUAAUGGGCCUCGGUUGAUGAGAGCACCUUAUAUGAAUCCAGUCCCACAUUUUCCAGGCAUGCCCCUGGCCUCUUUGGGUCCGAGAGCAGGUGUAGGACCGCAUGGAAUGAUACCUCCCUUGAUGGGACCACUUGGUGGGCAUCAGAUGACUCAGAUGCCUACAAUGAUACCUCCUCUCAUGUCGGGAAUGAUGAUGACUACUCAUGUUGCCCCAGGGCCGUUACCAGCUGCACUACAGGCCGGUGUAAACAGCAUGGAUCCCCAGCUAGCUCAGGCAGCUGUUACGCAGCCACCGCACCCUGUUAUUACAGCACAAGCCGUUACAACUAAUAGUUUAGCAAAUGAAGAACAAAGUAAAACUAAGUCUGUAUGGACUGAACACAAAUCCCCGGACGGAAGAACAUAUUAUUAUAAUACAGAAACGAAACAGUCCACCUGGGAGAAGCCGGAUGAAAUGAAAUCACCUGUCGAGCAAUUGUUGUCCAAAUGCCCUUGGAAGGAAUUUAAAUCCGACUCUGGGAAACCAUACUACUAUAACUCUCAGACGAAAGAGUCCCGAUGGGCAAAGCCCAAAGAGUUGGAAGAUCUUGAGGUUAUGAUAAAAGCUGAGGAAAACAGCGCCCCGCCGGAAGAUACUGCAGCCCUCCUGUCGGCGCCUGGCACUGUUCCUGGGGAGGCUAACGGCACCCCAGUGCCCCUGGCUACCGAACUGGAGCCAAUCGCUUCUGCUCCGGCAACUCCUGCCAUAGACACUGAAAAUACGCUUACGGAUUCUACCGAAGAGCAAGCCCUGUCUAUAACGUCCUCCAUUCAAGAGAAGGAAGUAGAAGUCGGCAGCAGUGUUAUGAUUGAUGAAACUUCGCAACAAGAGCCUAUUGUAGAAGCGGCUCCUGUAGAGGAGAGAGAGGAGAAGAUUCUAAAGAAAACCUACACUUGGAACACAAAAGAAGAAGCAAAACAAGCCUUUAAGGAGCUCCUUAAGGAAAAGCAUGUUCCAUCCACUGCUUCUUGGGAGCAAGCUAUGAAAAUGGUCAUUAACGAUCCCAGAUAUAGUGCAUUGGCUAAAUUGAGUGAGAAAAAGCAAGCUUUUAAUGCCUAUAAGGUCCAAACAGAGAAAGAAGAAAAAGAAGAAGCUAGACUGAAAUACAAGAUUGCAAAGGAAGAUUACCAAAGGUUCCUAGAAAAUCACGAUAGGAUGACUUCUACAACUAAAUACAAAAAAGCAGAACAGAUGUUUGUUGAGCUAGAAGUAUGGAAUGCUAUUUCUGAACGCGACCGUCUUGAAAUCUACGAAGAUGUUUUGUUCUACCUUGCAAAAAAAGAAAAGGAACAAGCUAAACAGCUUAGGAAGAGAAAUUGGGAAGCCUUAAAAAAUAUUCUGGACAACAUGGCAAAUGUAACAUACAGCACCACAUGGUCAGAGGCCCAGCAAUACCUUAUGGACAAUCCAACUUUUGCAGAGGAUGAGGAACUUCAAAACAUGGAUAAGGAAGAUGCUCUAAUAUGCUUUGAAGAACACAUUCGUGCUUUGGAAAAAGAAGAGGAAGAGGAGAAGCAGAAAAGUUUGCUAAGAGAAAGGAGGCGGCAGAGGAAAAACAGGGAGUCUUUUCAGGUAUUUCUGGAUGAGUUGCACGAACACGGGCAGUUACAUUCCAUGUCUUCGUGGGUUGAGUUGUACCCCACCGUUAGUUCUGACAUCAGAUUUGCCAACAUGCUUGGUCAGCCAGGGUCAACUGCACUAGACCUCUUCAAAUUUUAUGUUGAGGGUCUGAAGGCACGGUACCAUGAUGAAAAGAAGAUAAUAAAAGAUAUUCUAAGGGACAAAGCCUUUGUUGUUGAACUCUCUACCUCGUUUGAAGACUUUGUUUCGGUGAUCAGUUCAACCAAAAGGGCCACUACAUUGGAUGCUGGAAAUAUUAAACUUGCUUUCAAUGGUCUUUUGGAGAAGGCUGAGGCACGGGAACGAGAGAGAGAAAAGGAGGAAGCGCGAAAAAUGAAACGGAAAGAAUCUGCCUUCAAAAGUAUGUUGAAGCAGGCAGCUCCUCCGGUGGAGCAGGAUUCUCUCUGGGAAGAGGUUCGGGAACGGUUUGUUAAAGAGCCAGCCUUUGAAGAUAUCACGUUAGAAUCUGAACGCAAAAGGAUAUUUAAAGAUUUUAUGUAUAUGCUAGAGCAUGAAUGUCAGCAUCACCAUUCGAAAAACAAGAGGCACUCUAAGAAAUCGAAGAAACAUCAUCGGAAGAGAUCUCGAUCUCGUUCGGGAUCUGAAUCGGAGGAAGAGGAGGAAAACCACACAAAAAAGAAAAGGCAACGGUCAGGCUCCCGAUCAGCCUCUGAACAUUCCACAAGUGGAGAGUCCGAAAAAAGCUACAAAAAAUCGAAAAAACACAAGAAGAAAAGCAAAAAGAGGAGACACAAGUCUAAUUCACCAGAAACCGAUGGUGACCGGGACCGAGACCGGGAAAAAGAUAAAAAGGAAAGGGAGAGGGAGAGAGACAAAGAGAAUGACAAGGAUAGAGGUCGGCAUAGGUCGCGCUCAAAGCAGAAAUCUCCCAAAAGAAAAGGGGGCAAGGACUCUCAGGGUCAGUGGGACACAUCUGGAAGUGAACUAAGUGAAGGAGAAUUAGAAAAGAGAAGACGGACCCUAUUAAAACAACUGGAUGAUGAUCAAUAAGAACAUCUUGAACCAAAUACGUUUACAACAUGUUCAUGCAUAAUUUCAGAUUGUAACGUGGGAAUAUGCUUCAUGAAUAAAAUAAAUCGGUCAAAGAGCUGCUCUAUGUAUAAAAACAAUAGAAUAUGGGUGUUAGAAAUCCAGAUGUAAAUUUAACUUUUUUUGAAGAGUUGCCUUAUGAACCAUUUUUUUUCUCUUUUCUUUCCAAAUCCUUUGUUUUGGUUCCAGAGGCGUGUGCGAUGCUUUACAUGCCCCUCUGGUGCUAAAGGGGUUUACAGAAUGUGCCAUCAAACAUUGUGAGAAUCCUGUUGUCUAGAAUCUGUCAUUUGGCAUGGGGCGGGGGGGAGCUACUGAAUUGUACUUCUGAUUUAAACAAAGUCCUAUUUUUUUAUUUGUUGAAUUUUAUUGGCGGCAUAUCCGUUCCUGCUUCGAUUCAUCAAGUUCAUGUGGUUACACAUACUUCUAAUUGGAAUAUUUUUGUACAUUUUUAUGAAGUAUUAAAACUGUCUUUUAUUUUGUUCUAGUAUUUAUUUGCGCACUGGCCAGAGUAUUACAUCAUCUAAAUAAAAAAAUGGGUCCAAGCGUCCAUUGAAGGUUUUAUAAUAAUCAUCCAUGACGGUUGGAAUCACGUGACUUCUUUACUAAUUUUUUUUGUAUUACUCUUUCAUAGCCAGCGGUGCAAUGAAAAAAAAAAAAAGAACUUGUUGGCCAAAUGCAUUAAACGGAGUUCAGUUAGCCGGCAAUCCGUAUUUCAGUGAUGAUUGAUCUGUUUUAGAUAACUGUGUAUAUAUUAAGCAAGCACAAAUGAUUACCCUGCAUUCCUCCGUAGAUUUUUUUUUUCAGUCAUUUUUGUUGAAAUUAUUAUUAAACUUCCAGAACUCUUUUUGCAAUA